CAUUAACCUGGUGUUGUGAGUGAAGCAUGUCUAGGAACUCGGGAUGACAAGACUGUGUAAUUGGGUAUAUUGAUUGAAGUGAUCGUGGAGUAAAAAUUAUCUGGGAAGUAAAACGAAUCUCCUAAAAUGGUGAUGUCGAGACCAUCACUGGUAAUACUGAUUUGUCUACUGGUUGAAGUAACAGUAUGGGCGACCUUUUUAAAAGAUUAUUCUAAAAAGUCUCCAAUGAAGGAAUGUGGCUUGGAUAUAGUUUGGGCCAUCGAUACCUCAUGCAGUAUUUCCAUGGAGAACAAAUUGAAAGUUAGGGAUUUUGUCAAAAAAAUGACGACAAAAUUUGAUAUUGGAACCAGCCCAAAUAAAACAUUGAUGGCGGCAGUAGCAUAUGACAAAGGGACGGAUCACCAGUUCUAUCUGAAUGACAACACAGACAAAAAAUCCCUAAGAAAGGCAGCAUCCAAAAUUGACCUACGCAAAAAGGGCUGUAAGACAUUUACUUUUGAUGCUCUACGUGAAGCGAGGGAGGUGUACUUUACAGCUAAACACGGGGACAGACCAGAUGUGAUUAAUAUUUUGAUUUUGAUCACUGAUGGCAUCACGUUUCCAUGGGAACGACAGUGGGAAACAAUUGAGCAAGCUGAGCUACUAAGGAACACAGGUGCAUUCAUACUGGUGAUCAACUUACCAAACGAGUUUGGACUAAACAACGCAACUGAAUUUGAAAUGAUUGCUACCCCAAAUUCAAAGAUCUUUCGUCCAAACGAUUUCGUGGAACUUAUGGACAUUAUGAAGACAUUGAAAAAGUCACUAUGCAAAGUCAAAAAAUCCUUCAAGAGGACUAUCGAUAUCCAAGGGGAUAAUGUUAGGAGUAUUACAAGGUCCACACCACGACCAAUUACAGAUGCGAGUCUUUGUCCCUAUGGCUUUCUCCAACAAGGGGAUAGAGACUCGUGCCAGGUCUUUAUGGUUGGAUGUGAUGUGAGAAAUCCAAGAUGCUGUGGUUGCAACCUUGUCUUCAGAGACCCCAAUGGACGAAAGGCACCCGAUUGGCCAUCUACGUUAUUGCGUAACGACACGUGUUUAUGCGAAUCUUGUUUAACGGAGAGGUGCAUUCCUAAGAAAUUUGUUGAUGACUGGAGGCGAGAGAAGGCUUUGGCUAAAACUGGCAUUCUUUGAUAUUUGCUACUUUAGGCUGUAACUUUUUUAUAUUUACUUCAUGCAAUGUAAAUAGCGU